GCGCGCCCGCCAGUGUCGGGAGCGAGUGCGCGCCCCCGCCGCUGACAGCCAGCCGGGCGGGUCUCGGUGUCGGUGUCGGGCCCCGGGAAGGCGGAGACAAGCUGCGGCCACCCGUCACCCGCGCCCGGGACAGGGACCAGGGGCAGUCCCACUGCCCGCACCCCCCCGCGUCAGCCCCCCAGACCCAGACCCAGCUCCAGCUCCAGCUCCAGUGCUGCCGCACAAUGGCCCCAGACCCGGCCCGCCAGCAACAUGAGCGACAGGAACAGUUGGGGGGGAUUGUCGGAGGGCAGCUUCAGCUGGACGCCGGAAGACGAGACUGACCAGCGGCCCAGGCCGGUGCAGAUCCUCCUCAUCAACGACGACCACACCUUCCAGCUGGACGAAGAGGCUCUGAACAGAAUCCUGCUCUCCGAGGAGGUGCGGGACCGAGAGGUGGUGGCCCUGUCUGUGGCCGGGGCCUUCCGCAAAGGGAAAUCAUUUCUCAUGGACUUCAUGCUGAGAUACAUGUACAGCAAGGAUCGCAGUGAGUGGCUGGGCCACACUGAAGAGCCGCUGACGGGAUUUUCCUGGCGUGGUGGGUCGGAGCGGGAGACGACCGGGAUCCAGAUCUGGAGCGAGGUGUUCCUGGUGGACAAGCCGGACGGGCAGAAGGUGGCCGUGUUGCUGAUGGACACACAGGGAACAUUCGACAGCCAGUCAACUCUCCGAGACUCUGCCACCGUGUUUGCCCUCAGCACCAUGAUCAGCUCCAUGCAGGUGUACAACUUGUCUCAAAAUAUUCAGGAAGAUGACCUCCAGCAUUUACAGCUUUUCACAGAAUAUGGACGUCUUGCGAUGGAAGAAACGUCUCAGAAACCCUUUCAGUCUCUGAUAUUUCUCGUCCGUGAUUGGAGUUUCCCGUAUGAGUUCAACUACGGUCUGGACGGAGGUAUCAAGUUCCUGGAGAAACGUCUGAAGAUCUCAGAAAACCAGCAUGAAGAGCUACAGAACGUCAGGAAGCACAUUUAUUCCUGUUUCACAGACAUAUCCUGCUUCCUCAUGCCUCACCCGGGCUUGAAAGUGGCCACUAAUCCCAACUUCGAUGGACGGCUGAAAGAGAUCGAUGACGAGUUUGUAAAAUACCUGAAGGUUCUGGUCUGCUGGCUUCUCAGCCCCGAAAACCUGGAGUUGAAAGAAAUUAAUGGAAAUAACAUCACUGGUCGUGGACUUGUGGAAUAUUUCAAGGCCUACAUUAAGAUCUACCAAGGGGAGGAGCUGCCACAUCCCAAGUCAAUGUUGCAGGCCACAGCCGAGGCCAACAACUUAGCAGCGGUGGCAGCAGCCAAGGAUCUGUACAGCAGAAAGAUGGAGGAGGUUUGUGGAGGAGACAAGCCAUUUCUGGCCCCCAAUGACCUCCAGAACAAACACUCUGUGCUGCGCGAGGAAUCGGUCAAGCUGUUCCGCGGGGUGAAGAAGAUGGGCGGCGAGGAGUUCAGUCGCCGCUACCUGCAGCAGCUGGAGGGCGAGGUGGACGAGUUGUACGUCAACUACAUCAAACACAACGACAGUAAAAACAUCUUCCACGCAGCGCGCACCCCGGCCACCCUGUUUGUGGUGAUAUUUAUCAUGUACGUGACUGCCGGAGUGACGGGCUUUAUCGGUGUGGACAUCGUGGCUAGUCUGUGCAACAUGAUCAUGGGCUUGUCCCUGAUCACCCUGUGCACGUGGGCGUACAUCCGCUACACCGGGGAGUACAGGGAGCUCGGAGCCGUCAUUGACCAGGUGGCCGGAGCCUUGUGGGACCAGGGAAGUACUAAUGAGGCACUAUUCAGGCUGUACGACGCGGCUACAAGCCACAGGCACAUAUACCACCACACCUUCCCUGCAGCACAACCAGAAAGCAGUGCCGACACCAGGAAGAAAAAAUGACUUGCCCAGAUCCCUCAGCGUACAAUCACAAGGGAGAAACGUUGUUGUUAUUGUGCAUUCACAUGCCACUAAUCCGAGAAGUGCUACAUAAACGGAAAGCCAACUAUAGCUUAAAUCUAAAUGAAAUGGCACUUCAACACUUGGACACUGUGCAGGCUGUCACUUAGUUCCAUUUGCAAAUUGUUCUGUGGGGAUAUGUGUUUGCAUGAUCGUGUUAACUGUCGAUGAAUCUAAUGUUCUUCCAUUAAGAAUAAUCAAUAAUUUUUAAAACAUCUCAAAAGAACAAUCUACAUUUUCAGGAUAUUUGUCUUCCGUAAUUCCUUUUCUAAUUCAGCAUUGCACAUUUAUUGAAUGUUUGUCCAAACACAAUUUAAAAUUGCUUGUUUCCUUUACAGUCUUAACAGAGUGUGCAAUGUAUUAAAACAAAGAUAUCAUUUCUGUUUACGGAGACAAGCAUUUGAACAAAUGUAUGAUGAAUUUGUUUCGUUCUUUUAGGAUAGCUGUGGAUGUCACAAUAUAUAAAAAGAUGUUAUUUGCAAAUACAUGUGCUUCGAUUUACAGCCAUCGCUGGCGGUCAACAUAUUGAUAACGAUAAGCUAGUGCUGCAUUGGAGCAGAGCACAAAUACACUAUGUAUCAAAAUCACCUGAAGUAGCUGCACCCUUCUGAACAGUCACACAGCACGGAAACAGGCCCUUCGUCCCAACUUGUCCCUGCUGACCAAGAUACCCAAUCCUAUUUGUCCACAUUUGGCCCAUAUCCCUCCAAGUCUUUCCUCUCCAGUUUGUCCAAGUGUCUUAUAAAUGUUGUUAUAGUCCCUGCCCCACUGGCAGCUCAUUCCAUGCACCCACCACCCUCUGUGUGAAAAGGUUGCCCCUCAGGUUCCUAUUAAAUCUUGCCCCUCAGCUUGAGGAUACGCCCUCUGGUUCUUGAUUCCCGGUCCCUGAGAGAACGGCUCUGUGCAUUAAUACUUUGAUUCUGCAGUGUAGCGGCCAUCAUUGCGUAAAGGAAGCCCUGAGCUGACAGAGAGAACAGUACAAAAUCAUCGUAUCGUCUGCAGUCAAAGGAAAACGGUUUCAUAAAAAUGGUUGUAAAUGAUGUAGUAACGCUGUCUCAACUACUUGUUGCUGUUAUAACGUCCACACCCAGGGCCAUUUUAACAGACAAACUUAUAGGUUCGGCACAAACACACUAUCAAAAUUAAAGAACAUACUCCAGGUAAAACAUUCUGUAGCCCUGCGCUGUUUAUAUGCUGGUCUGUCCGUUGAUACCAAAAAUCUUUGUGGACUUUAACUUAUUCCAUUUUUUUAAAAACUGCUGGAGGAACUCAGCAGGUCAGGCUGCAUCUGCGGAGGGAAUGGACAGAUCAGGGUCUCUCACUCAAUCUGAAGUAGAGUCCUCGUGUCCUUUCCCCACCACAGAGGCUGGCUGACCCGCUGGGUUCCUCCGACACUUUGUGUUUUGCUCAAGAUUCCAGCAUUGGCAGAAACCACAUUCAUAAUGAAGUGAUUUCUAGUGAUAGUUAUUGCAGUUACAUAGAAACAUAGAAAAUAGGUGCAGGAGUAGGCCAUUCGGCCCUUCGAGCCUGCACCGCCAUUCAAUAUGAUCAUGGCUGAUCAUCCAACUCAGUAUCCUGUACCUGCCUUCUCUCCCUUUAGCCACAAGGGCCACAUCUAACUCCCUCUUAAAUAUAGCCAACAAACUGGCCUCAACUACCUUCUGUGGCAGAGAAUUCCAGAGAUUCACCACUCUCUGUCUGAAAUUUUUUUUCUCAUCUCGGUCCUAAAAGACUUCCCCUUAUCCUUAAACUGUGACCCCUUGUUCUGGACUUCCCCAACAUCGGGAACAAUCUUCUUGCAUCUAGCCUGUCCAACCCCUUAAGAAUUUUGUAAGUUUCUAUAAGAUCCCCCCUCAAUCUUCUAAAUUCUAGCGACACUCAAAACUAACAUCUCCACUUACCCAUCCAAAGCACAAAUAAGGAGGAAGUAUUUUUAUAACGCAAAGAACUAUUCACCAUUAAAAGUUUUUUUCCCAUCUUGUUUGUGCAAUGCUUCCUUUAUGAGAUGUUAAACUGAGCUCGGCUGCAUGUUUGACGGGGGAAUAACAUGGUCGACGUAAGUCCAAUUCUUCCCUUUGAAACUUUUAUAUUAAAUAUGCAGAAAUUACAUGCAUAACAAUUGAUAAACCCAACUUGAAAAGAUGAUCAAUUCACAGUCCGGACACGAGCAAGUUGACAUACAGGACUAGUCCCACUUGCCUGGAUAUAACCCACAUCCCUCUAAACCCUUCCUAUUCUGCUCCCCCAUUACUUGUCCACUUUCUGGGUGAUCAUCAUAGCAGCUACAACCUGCUCAAUGAAGUAAAGCCCCUGUCCCACUGCUCGAGGUAAUUCAAGAGUUCUCCCGAGUUUUCCCCUGAUUCGAACUCGUAGCGGGGUCCGUAGGAGUUCGUGGAUGUCUCGCAGCGGCUCGUACGAGUAAAAAGCAACAAUUGUUUUCAUCGCGAGUAUUUUUUUUUACUCGUGGACAUUUUUUGUAGGGAUGAAAAAACGUCACGAGUUUCCCGGAUUUCCCAAGUACCUACCGUUAGCAUUACACGACAUCCACGAACUCCUACGGACCCGCGACGGACAUUCUCCGAGUUCGAAUCGGGGGGGGGGG